AUGCUAAUCAACAAAGAAACCAUCCCGUACAGGAUGGGCCUGCAGCCCUUCUACUACUACCAGUCGUCGCCACCGGUGCAGAAUGAGCGGUUAGGUGGAGGAGGAGCAGGUGGAGUAACCGCGUCGUACCACCCCAUCACGCCGCCGUACCACCACUCGUACGAUUUCGUCCUGCCGAUGCAGUCUCCUGUCGGUUCGGUGGCCGCAGCUGCCGUCGCAGCGGUAGCGGCUGCCGCCGGAGUCCCCGUUCCUGGUGAUCCUCGGCUCCGAUCUCCGGUGUCCUCGGUUGCCAGUUCCCCUUCCUCACCGCCUUCAUCGUCCUCGUCGUCGGUUUCACCGCUGUACUUCUACAUGGCUGGUCGGGCGGAUGAUGGCGCAACGGAUGAAGCUGGAGGUCCUGCGCCCGGAGCAACCGGAUCUCGGAAGGUGGAGUCGCUUUCCACUGGCCCGUUGUCACCACCUCAUACCCCACCGUUGAGGGAUCGCACACCCAGCCCACAAGCCGCUAGUCGUAAAUACGGAUUAUCGAGGUUGGCUGAGCAGGCGCUCGCAACUUCCGGGGCCACUUCCGGUCAGCGUAACUCCGUCAUUAUGAAGGUGCAGAACCAGCAGGUUGUGCCGAUGCAGCGCGACACCGAUGCUGGUUCACCGUCGGAACCGGAAACGGUCGAGGAAUUUAUCUGCCGCUGGGAGAACUGCUACUGCGUGUUCUUCAAGCUGGAAGAUCUGGCGAGUCACGUCACGCAGAAGCACGCCGUCAUUGGACUGGAUGGGCUGUACUACUGCCGCUGGGAGCGCUGUCUGCGCCAGGAUCGUGGCUUCAACGCACGCUACAAGAUGCUGGUGCACGUGCGCACUCACACCAAGGAAAAACCCCACCAGUGUGGCAAGUGCGGAAAGUGUUUUUCGCGCGCGGAAAACCUUAAGAUCCACCUGCGCUCGCAUUCAGGCGAGAAGCCGUACGUCUGCCCAGUGGAGGGGUGCAGCAAGGCCUACUCGAACUCAUCGGAUCGGUUCAAGCACACGCGGACGCACUCGAAUGAUAAGCCGUACGUGUGCAAAGUGCCAGGUUGCAACAAACGCUACACGGAUCCGUCCUCGCUUCGGAAGCACGUGAAGACGUUCAAACACGCGAACCACCGGUACGCGUCCCGCUUGCCGGAUAUCUGCUGCAUGGAGUAUGAGAGUUUUUCGCAAGAUAGCACUCGCUCGGACGGUGCGUACGCGGACUACGAUUCCGAGGACAACGGUGUGCUGAUCGACGUGGUCCGUUGUGAUGACGAGGCGAGGCUGUACCCGGAGUAUCGGCUGCACGUGCCGGACGCGUGUGAACAUCCGGGCUGCCAGGAAUCGACCGGUGGCGAAAGCUACUGGUCCGUUGAUCGACCGACCGAUGGGAGGAUCCGAGAUGCUGUAGGAUUUGUGGAUGAACGCGUGGAGCCAACGGAUCGACCGGAUCCGGCAUGGGAUGGCGAUGGCGUGACGUCGAUCGAAGACGAUGAGCUGUGUAGGGCCGUAAGGGAGCUGAACGGACACCCGAAGGUGCCCCGGUUGCUCAAGAUGGACGUGGACGGUCCGCUCGAUCUCAGUAUACAUCACCGAUGA